CGUUCCAGGUCAUCUGAAUACUCGUUGGAAGCGUCGAAGAAACAAAGAAACAAAUCUCUAUCAAAAUUGUCUAGGACAGGAGAGCGAGCUACUGGUGGGGAAACCUUGGGAAACGGCUGUUGUUGUAUGUCCCGAUGACUCACUCUCACUAUUUUUCUUUACGGAUUUGUAUUUUUUUCUUGUCUUAUUUAUUUAUAUGGGCCAAAGGCAAACAAGAAAAAUAAAAGAAAUGAGGUCGGGUUAUUCCUUGACUGUCGAGGUCUCUCCCCAUUUCUCCGUGUGUGUCAGUCUAAUUGCAGUGUGUGUGUAACUCUUUUAACUGCCGGGCCAAUUUUUCUUUUCCCUUUUUUUUUCUUUUAGGUGCGCAGGAUCUCUUGCUGUGCCGUGUCUAAAAAUGAUGUGGCCCAUCAUCUUCGAGAGACUGUUUGGCACCACGAAGAAAAUAACGGACCCUAUCAUCUACAGACGUCACGAACUUGACCAUCAUAAUAAAGUGGAGUCAAUCUAGUCGAUUGAUUCGCUCCGCUCUGGAGAUGGAAAAUAUGGCGAAUAUUGAGAGCUGUGUGUAUAUGCCCCCAUGCUGAGAGAGAAGGAGAGAGACUUGCCCCGCAGACGGGCCAUGAAGCUCCCAGCAACGUUUCCCAGUCGAGUCACUCUCAAGUCGCAUUCAGACCGGUGUGGAAGAGCUUAGACCCGUUCGCGUGCACCUUUUUUUGUUUGAAAACUUUUCAACAACGUGUGUUCAAAUUGCGAUUCGCCAUCGUCAACAACAAUCCACCCGGGUUUUGUUAUUUUUUUGAAACAACUCCGCACUCCGCACUAAUACUCCGCAACGGUUAUUUCCCUCCACGCGAAAGAAAAAUCGACCGCUCCUUUUCGUUCUCUGCAACGAUUGACUCUCCAGUUGUUUGACGGGCUAAUUAUCUACUACUACUACCCCCCCCCCCCCCCACUUCCACAUUUUGCGCAAUGGCUGGACGUCCCAGAUGGCAGGCACUCGGCAAACGCGAGCCGGAACAGGAAAGCGAAGCCCAAGCUUGGAUUGAAACCAUUACGGGAGAGAGCUUUCCCGAAGGUGUCUCGUAUGAAGACGCUUUGCAAGAUGGCGUCAUCCUCUGCAAAUUGAUGAACAUUAUCUCCCCUGGCUCCAUCAACAAGAUCAAUCCCAGUGGCGCUGGUCAUUUCAAAAUCUGCGAAAAUCUCAACAAGUUCCAGGAAGCUUGCAAGAAAUACGGAGUGCCUGAAAGUGAUAUUUUCCAAACGAUCGAUUUGUCUGAGAAAAAGGAUAUCGCCAUGGUCACUUCGACCAUUUUCGGUCUCGGAAGCGCCACUUACAAGCACCCGGAAUAUCAGGGACCCAGUUUGGGACCUAAACCGUCGGAGAAGAACCAGCGCAAUUUCUCCGAGGAGCAAUUGAAAGCCGGACAGACAGUGAUCGGACUUCAAGCUGGAACCAACAAAGGAGCCACCCAAGCUGGUCUAAACAUGGGAGCGUCACGAAAAAUCCUUCUAGGCAAAUAAAAGGGGAAAGAUUAUGGAUUUUAAAGAAAGAAAAAGAAAGAAAACUAAUCGAAAUUGGAAAAUUCAAAAAAUCUAUGACAACAGAAAGAGAAAAAAAAAACGAAACUUCUAUGCGCUUUGACUUUUAUUACGUCUAUUUUGUCUUUAAUCUUUUUAAUCAAAUUCGCGCCCACAGCAUAUCUACCGCUCUUUCUCAUUCGUUCCACGGAGGGCAAGUUUAGUUCCAAGGGAGAUUUUUUUGUUUAUUAAUUCAAAUUUAAUAUUAACUCUAUUUGAUUAACCACGAAAGAAAAAAAAGACCGAAUGUAAUUGUAAUAGAACAGAAGCUGAAGCAAUAGAAAUACACGGGAAAUUAACUUAAAAA